CAUACGCUUUGUCGUUUUUUCUUCCAUUCUUUCUUGUCUUCGUCUUCUUCUCUUCAAUUAUGCUACAGAAGGGAAUUGAUGAACUCUCUACGGAUGGUUUUUAUUUUUCUUGAUCGGUUGUUUAUUUAUUUAUUUUAUUCUUUUCGGUUUGUUGAAAUGGUCUGUCUGUAUUUCGUUUUCUAUUGACGAAAAUGAGCUCCUUCGUUUUCUUCUGUUUGUUUGCUUCUUUCUGUUUCUGGGUUCUUCGUUUUUAUAAUUAUUGGUUUGUAGUUCAUAUUUCAUAGGGAUUUGUUGGGCCUAUUGAUUGCGAUUGUUACUAUCCUUCAUCAGUUCCACGGCUGACGAAAGAAAGUAACUUAUUAUGGUGUUUUUCCACAUGGAAACAAGAAAUACUCUUUUAAUAAUUUCCAGCGGUAGCGGUUAAAGACGGUGGUGGGUUCAGAGUGAAAUGGUGGGUGAAGCAAAAUUGAGGAGUGAGGACUUGAACCAGUGCUUUGAGAAGCUGAUGAUGGUUGGUGGUGGAAAUAGUGGGAUUGGUGGUGGUAUUAGUCAGGGAGGAGUGAAAAUGGAGGGAGUGGUCAUCACUGAGUGGAAAGAUAUUCCUAUGGAACUCUUGCUGCGAAUUGGUUCUCUUGUUGAUGAUCGGACCGUAAUUAUGGCUUCUGGGGUUUGCAGUGGGUGGAGGGAUGCCCUCUGCUUGGGCCUCACCCAUCUCUCUCUCUCUUGGUGCAAAAACAACAUGAACAACUUAGUCCUGUCUCUGGCUCCUAAAUUCACAAAACUGGAAACUUUGGUGCUGCGCCAAGAUAAACCACAACUUGAGGAUAAUGCUGUUGAGGCUAUUGCAAAUUACUGCCAUGAUCUGCAGGACCUGGACCUCAGCAAAAGCUUUAGGCUUGGUGAUCGUUCCCUGUAUGCAUUAGCUCAUGGUUGUCCUAAACUUACCAAACUCAACAUCAGUGGGUGUACAUCAUUUAGUGAUGGUGCUCUUGAAUAUCUGACUGAGUUUUGCCAGAAAUUAAAAAUUUUAAAUCUUUGUGGAUGUGUAAAGGCUGCAACUGACCUUGCUUUGCAGGCUAUUGGACGGAACUGCAUUCAGUUGCAAUCUCUGAAUCUGGGAUGGUGUGAGAAUGUGGGUGAUCUUGGAGUAAUGAGUCUAGCAUACGGAUGCCCUGAUCUCAGAACUCUUGAUUUAUGUGGAUGCAUCUGUAUAACAGAUGAUAGCGUGAUUGCUUUGGCAUACAGGUGUCUCCAACUGAGAUCCCUCGGCCUGUAUUAUUGUCGAAACAUCACAGAUAGGGCAAUGUAUUCACUGGUACAUAGCCGAGUGAAGAACAAACCUCCAAUGUGGCAAUCCAUGAAGGGCAGGUGCAAUGAGGAAGGGUUAAAGAGUCUCAACAUCAGUCAGUGCACAGCACUCACCCCACCUGCUGUGCAAGCACUAUGUGACUCAUUUCCUGCACUUCACACCUGCUCAGGGAGACAUUCCCUCGUCAUGAGUGGCUGUUUGAACUUGACCUCUGUGCAUUGUGCCUGUGCAGUCCAAGCACACCGCACAAUGAGUUCUAUUCCUCAUCCAGCUCAUUGAGCACUUCAUUAAGUUUCAAAGUUUUUCUUUCAAUUCCUAAUCCAGUCCAUUGAGCAGUGCAUUUAGUUCAAAUUAUCAAGUUUGUUAAGAAGCCCACUGAAAGGACUAUGCCCCUGUACAUACAUGGUUGUGUUUAAAACUGGACUCUUUGGCUGCAAAUGAGCAGCACUUUUGUUGUUGGAAGUGUGGUAUGUACAGUUUGUUUUUAUGCUGCCCGCCCUAGCUUUCCGAAUUGCCCAACAUUUGGGUCUGUUGAAAGCCAAGCUUCAACCGCCUGUGAAAAUUCAUCCUUUACUCGAGAUGUUCCUUCAUCUCCUGCAAAUCCAGCCUUGUUUCCUGCU